CUGAAGUUCUGUAACUCGUUGAUUUCAAGCUCGAAUGUGCGCUGGUACUAAUGUUUGCGCCCGAGAUCUUUUCAUCAAAGAUUCGACGGACUUGGCUGCAUUGUGUGAUUGUUCCAUCCUUUCUGCUGAUCAGGUUAACAUGCGGUGGACUUCCGGAAACUAAUUGAGACAAUGAAGUGCUCUCAGCGACUCGGUCUCGAUUUUUGGGACCAAAGACACUGCAUUUCUUUUCAACUUUGUCGCUGCCGCAUCCGGCAAGUCCUUUGUCUAGGCUGUCAACCCCUACCCCUAUGGCUUUAUUCCUCCAACUGCCUCACGAGCAAUCACGAGUCCGACUUAUGUGUACACUUCGGACCACCGACAUCAAACACUCAGAACUAAUCACCACACAACCUCGACAAGCAUGACAGAUCGCGAAGCACGGCGUCAGGAACGCAUGGAAUACGAGCUCCGAGCACUUCCUCGCCGACCCACACCAGACGGACACAAAUGGAUGGUCGACAGUAUUAUAGGUGAGGGUGGCUUUGGUAGAGCCUAUCUCUGGAAUCUGGUCCGCCGUCGUGACCAGGUCGUAGUCGAUCGCGUGGUGAUCAAAUACUGCGAACCAGAUACCCACGAUAUUAUCGCUAGACAUGGGCCCGGAUUUGGAGAAAUCGCAGAAGUUUUCAUGCAGAGAUCUAUGAUGCAUGAUAGCGAGGAUCCGCUGGACGACUUUACCGUUCCGUUGUUAGCCGCUGAGCAUUGCUCAUGGGCUCUGGAUGCCUGGAGAUUCUAUACACCUUAUUACAGCUUUGGCGAUCUCUAUAAAUUCAUACUCAAGCAAGGUGUAGAGAACCCGGCAACCCCCACAAAGGGCCACAGACAGGUUCCGGAACCUUUUGUGUGGUAUCUGCUACACCGACUCGCUUGCGCAGCAAGAAUCAUGGACCAAACACUCGCCAACGAGGACAUGGAUUAUCAAAUAGUCCAUUGCGACUUCAAGCCAGCCAACUUGUUCCUAGGCGCUCCGGGAUCAUUAGGGAGUCGCGCACAGUUCCCGAUCUAUCCUCCAGUCUAUGUCGGCGAUUUCGGAAAUGCGAAAAUCACGUAUACUGGAGAUUCCCGACGACAUGAAAUGGUAGGGACUUGUACGCCGGGCUGGUCAGCACCUGAGAUUACGCCAUUCACAAGUAAUCAUAUGCCCAAAAGUUGGCAAGCUCCUGCCAGCUCCAAGACAAACAUCUGGCAGAUUGGCUAUGUUCUCUUGAGCAUCAUGCAAGGCAAAGUCGAUCAUCCUGACGGCGAUAUCAAUUGGGACACUUUGAGAUCCAUCGAGUAUGCGCCAAGAUACAAGCCGUUGCCAAAACGCACACCAGAACUCGAAGCAGAGAACCCGCUCCGAGUCAAGUACAGUACUGAGUUGUUGGACACACUUCAUGCAUGUGUGCAGUUCGAUCCUGAGAAGCGACCAACCCCUGAGGAAUUGCAUGCGCACGUCAGUGCACACACACUCGACCACACUGAUGGUGUAGAAGACUGGGGCACGUAUGACUGGUUCCAAGACAAGUGUGAAGAGGUAGACCCCGAUUCGGAUCUGGACGACGUUGACGAGCAUGGUCACCCCAUAGCACGCGAAGAGCCAAUCAAAGGUCAAGGCUCGGAACUGCUGCACAAGCUGAUGCGCGCAUUACACCUUCCUGGUGCUAGAAAGAGAAGUGGACGCAAGGGUAAAUCGGGGAAAACUCCAAUCGUCAGAACUGAAUCACCAGUGAGCAGAAUGGCAAGGAGGCGAAACGACUACAACCGCCGCAAAAAGAUUGUGGCUCGUCAAAUCAAGGAGGGUCUCGAACCGAAGCUCAACCGCUUCGUGAGCACUGAACCGAAUGACGAUGUCUUCAAUCUCGACGACAAGUACAAGCUCAUCCAUCCUAGGGGCGACCACCUACUCAACAGCUACUGGGCUGCACCGCCACCUGCCAAGAGAUCGUUCACAUCAUACAUUGAUGACAUGUUCAGCUACUAUGAUGCGAAGAAGGCUUUCGAGCAAGCCCAUCCCAACGCCUUUGCGCCGCUCACAGGACUGGACUCGUACGAUUUCAGGCUCAAUGGUCAGCGAAAGGGAGAAAUUUUCAGUGACGACGAAGACUAUGAGGAGUCUUUGCAGGCAGCCUUAGCCCAUCAACGUGCACAAGAAGCUGGAGAAGCGGAUUAGUCUCCCUGUUUGCUGACGCUUGCCGCUUCCGUUCUCGCUCUGGCGGAGCAAGGAUUAUGUGGCUUUACGGUUACUUGAUUACAAGCUUCGCACACUGGGAUGGGACUUUUCAGACGACGGUGUCUUGUCAGCUAUUAUCUGUCACUGCGAUGUCUGAUUAGGGUCUGACCUUUGAACUGUUUCCCCCCAUUGACUUUAAACAUUCCGUUCCCGCGUUUUUGCUUUAUGUAUAUUGGGUCGUUUUUUGUUUGGUUUCGCGGUCCUAUCUCACUGGAUAUAAAGUUUUCGAGUAUUAUAUCUCAAUUCAUAGGAACAUCAGUCCC